GAGGAUGAGUAAAGUCCGAGCAGGUCCAAUCGCAAGACAAAGUGGUUGGACAAUAUCGGACUCUGGCAGUGGCAGCCACACAUCUGAGUCUGAGAGUCUGCACUCAGUGGGAGUCCCACUAGCCAAAAAACAAAGAGGGCCGAAAUUCACGGAGGCUGAGAACGUAGCACUGGUGGCUGCUGUUAGCACAGAAAAAUUUGUGUUAUUCAACACGACAGUGGGCACCCAGGAGAAGAUGGCCGCCUGGAGCCGGGUGAGGGAGAAAGUGUCCCAAGUUGGAAGUGGCACAGCGGACAGGACAGUUCUCAGCAUCAGGCAUCGGUACUAUGACUGCAGGGCAUCAGUAGUCAAAAAAAUAAAAAAGCAGCAGCAGAGGAGGAACAUCAACUUCAAGAACUGGGAGCUGGAGUUGAAGAAGCACCUCCUGCCAGAGGCUCAGACAUCCGAGGCAGAGAGAUCUGAUCAACAAGGCCAGGCUUCAUUAAGGAGUCACCAUGACAGUUCCCCACCAUCACCUGUCCUGUCACAAUUGGAGAGCCGGAGGGCCGUUGAGGCAGAUGAUAAUGUGCCAGUACCUGAGGAGGACAUGGGCCAACCCCUGAGCUCAGCUGCCUGUUCACCAGCUAUCCCCAGUCCACUAUCUCCAACCCCAGCACCCGCAUCUGUCCCAAUGGACACCUACCUUAGGGUACUCCAAGAAAGGGACAGGUUGUCCAGGGAGACGAGGCACCUUGCACGGGAGAUGCAACGCUUGAAUAGGGCCAUGCACCGACUUCACCGUCGGCAGGCUGACGACUUCCAAGUGAUGUUGGCCCGGGUCAGCCAGCAGCACCUUCAGGCCACAGCACAGCUAAGGGUGGACCUCCUGAUGGCAAUAUCAGGAAUCAGCCAAUCACCUCCAUUGGCUGACACCAGCAGCAGCAACAACAGGGCACCUUCACAAACCUAA